CAACUGUUAAAAACAGUCUGCCUCCCAGCACACAACCCACAGAGAAAACUACUCCGCAAAGGCAAAGUGAAGCAGUGCUGACUGAUCUAGGAGACAAUGACAAAGAAGGUGGCAGUGAUUGGGGCUGGAGUCAGUGGCCUGAUCUCUCUGAAGUGCUGUGUGGAUGAAGGGUUGGAACCCAUCUGCUUCGAGAGAACUGAAGAUAUUGGAGGGCUGUGGAGAUUCAAAGAAAAUGUGGAAGACGGCCGGGCCAGCAUCUAUCAGUCUGUCAUCACCAACACCAGCAAGGAGAUGUCCUGCUUCAGUGACUUCCCCAUGCCUGAGGAUUUUCCAAACUUCCUACACAAUUCCAAACUUCUGGAAUACUUCAGGAUUUUUUCCACCAAGUUUGAUCUUCGAAAAUAUAUUCAGUUCCAGACAACCGUCCUAACUGUGAAAAGACGCCCAGAUUUCCCAUCGUCUGGUCAGUGGGAGGUUGUUACCGAGAGCAACGGCCGAGAGCGGAGUGCCGUCUUUGACGCAGUGAUGGUUUGCAGCGGCCACCACAUCCUGCCUCACAUCCCACUGAAGUCUUUUCCAGGUAUCGAGAGGUUUAAAGGCCAAUAUUUCCACAGCCGCCAAUAUAAGCACCCGGACGGAUUUGAAAGGAAUCGCAUCCUGGUGAUCGGAAUAGGAAACUCGGCCUCGGACAUCGCUGUGGAGCUGAGUAGGAGGGCUGCCCAGGUCUUCAUCAGCACCAGGCAAGGCUCCUGGGUUAUGAGCCGCAUCUCUGAAGAUGGCUAUCCCUGGGACAUGGUGUUCCACACUCGGUUUAGCUCCACACUCCGAAACGUCCUGCCUCGGACAGCUCUAAAAUGGAUGAUGGAACGGCAGAUGAAUCGGUGGUUCAACCAUGAAAAUUAUGGUCUUGAACCUCAAAACAAAUACCUCAUGAAAGAGCCUGUGUUAAAUGAUGAUCUUCCAAGUCGUCUACUCUAUGGAGCCAUCAAGGUAAAACCAAGAGUGAAAGAGCUCACAGAAACUUCCGCCAUCUUUGAGGAUGACACAGAGGAGAACAUCGAUGUCAUUGUCUUUGCGACGGGAUACACUUUCUCUUUUCCCUUCCUUGAAGAUUCACUGGUUCAAGUGGAGGACAACAUGGUCUCACUGUAUAAAUACAUCUUCCCCCCUCACCUUGAGAAGUCUACCCUUGCAUGCAUUGGUCUCAUCCAGCCCCUGGGCUCCAUUUUCCCAACUGUAGAACUUCAAGCUCGCUGGGUGACAAGAGUUUUCAAAGGCUUGUGUAGUUUGCCCUCAGAGAAGACUAUGAUGGCAGACAUUAUCAAGAGGAGUGAAAAAAGAAUCGACCUGUUUGGAGAAAGCCAGAGCCAGAUACUGCAGACCAAUUACAUCGACUACUUGGACGAGCUCGCCUCAGAGAUAGGUGCGAAGCCAGAUUUCGCCUCUCUCCUGCUGAGAGAUCCUACACUGGCUGUGAAACUCUAUUUCGGACCCUGCAAUUCCUACCAGUAUCGCCUGGCUGGGCCAGGGAGAUGGGACGGGGCCAGAGAUGCCAUCUUCACCCAGAAGCAGCGGAUACUGAAACCUUUAAAGACUCGAGCUCUGAGGACCUCCAGUCAUUGCCCAGUCUCCUCCCUUUGGAAAAUCCUGGGGCUUCUCGCUGUCAUUGUGGCCUUCUUUUUCCCACUUCAGUGGUCCUAACCUAGCAGCACCAAUCUUAUGCUGUUAUUAUCUUGCUAUCAGGACCUCUUAAAGAAAAAAAAAAAUGCUAACCGAGACACAA